GAUCUUUGUAUUGAAGACUUUCCACCGUGGAGGCACGUGCGGCGGACUACACGAAAGUGGUACAAUGCUGAAACGCUUGAGAAGAUUAAACGCUGUUUGUUGGAUAACUCACAAUGCACAUUUUUAAGGCUUACUUUGACCUCACGACGACAUGCGUUGAAGACCCUUGAAACCUUUCCUGCUGGACUUGACACACUAUACCAACGGAUUUUCGAUCGAUCAUGUUCGAAAUGUACCGGCCGGUCACACUGCUUGAGCUGGGCUCUUUACUCGAAGGACGCAGCGAAAACUACGAUGACAUCGGUUCUCUCCCAGAGAUUAUUGCAGCUGCGGUCUGCCAAGGACUUUUUGCUUCAGGACACAUCCGCUCAGAUCCCUCCACGUGGAUUGGUUGAUGAACACUACCAGGUCUUCUCACAAUCCCUUAAAGUCCUUCACACGACCCUACGACAUGAUAUUUACGAUAUCAAAUUUUCGGGAAUUUCCGCCUUUGAUAUUAUCACGCCGAGUCCAGAUCCGCUCGCACCAGCUAAAUACGCUUGCAUCCUCUGGGCGGAUCACCUCGAUGCAUGCAUGAGCAGCGCAGAAGAAACGCACUGUUGGCUUCAGGAGAAAUACAUUUACUGGAUCGAAGCUCUCAGUAUAUUGCGGAAUGUUUCCCACGGCAUCAAAGCUAUGAACAAGCUGGAGCAACUGUGUCAGAAGAACGAAACGCUGAGAGGCGUAUUGGAACGAGCUCGAGAUGUACUCAGAUUCAUUCAGUACUUUGCGACCGGGAUUGAGAUUAGUCCUCUGCAGUUGUAUUUGUCGCCUCUGAUCUUCAGUCCAGCUAAAAGUCUUACCGGAACUACUUUCCUGACAGAAAGACCAGACUGGAUUUCAAGUAGCCCUCCCGUCGAGGAACAUUGGAGUCCGUGCCUUCAUAUUGUUGAAGGGCAUCCGGGGGAAGUCUACUUGAUUGCUUGGUCCCCCGAUGGGGACAAACUUGCGUCGACGUCGGCGUCGACAGACAGGACAAUUUGCAUUUUUGAUGCAGUUACUGGCCAGAACCUCGUCACUCUCAAGGAGCAUACACACAGUGUCAGUUCACUUGCCUGGUGCCCGAACGGAAGUCGAAUUGCGUUAGGACUGGAGAAUGGUAUGAUCUGGAUCUGGGAAUCAAGCACCGGCGAAAUCAUUUGCGAACUCGGUGGAGGUAGCCGAUGUGGUCGCCGAGUUAAGAUCAUAGCGUGGUCGCCGGAUGGAAGUCGACUCGUCUUCGAAGGUGAAGAAAGAACAAUCUGGGUCUGGAAUCCAUCAACCGAUCAACUUUUAACUGCUCUCAGAGAUGAUGAUGAUUGA